GUCGUGGUUUCUUCUUUUGUUUUUCCUUUUCCUUCUGCUAUUUUGUGAACACUUUGGAUAGGUACUGCGCAGGGGGGGUGAGGAUUGCUACUGCUGCGGAUAGGGGGCGAGGGCGACAAUAACAACUUGGUUUCGCGCGUUCAGGGAAACCAUUUAAUCCAGAUCUGCAGAAGAUGCAGGUUCAGUGGAAUUUGUGUUACAGAAUCAUUCAGUAUUUGAAUCCAAAAUUAAAUGAAGAAACAUUUUGGUUGCACUUCUUAUGACUAAAAUACUGUUCCUGGAAGUAGGAUGAUGCCCUAGAGACCAUACUGAGAUUGUUUUUGAGCAAAGAAAUGUCUUUUUUUUUUUCCCUACUGUAUUUGUUUUGAUUUUCUGUUUUGUACAUACCUUGUUUUGUAUAUACUAUAUGUGAUGACUUCAGUGGGCAGUGAACGUACCUGGGGCACUCGGGACAAAACACAAAUUUCAACCACACAGCCAGCACAACCACAGAAGCAAGUAGUACAGGCAACAGCAGAACAGAUUCGCCUUGCUCAGAUGAUCUACGAUAAGAAAGAUGCAGAUUUUGAAGAUAAAGUGAAACAACUUAUCGAAGUGACAGGGAAAAACCAGGAUGAGUGCAUAGUGGCACUACAUGACUGUAAUGGGGAUGUGAACAGAGCAAUCAACAUACUGCUGGAAGGAAGUUCAGACACAACUUCUUGGGAGACUGUAGGGGGAAAGAAGAAAAGCCUUGGAAAAGAAAGUUCAGAGAACAGAGAAAAACGAGGGGACAGAGAAGUGAGUCGCGGAUUGGGAAGUUCCAACGGACGGGGGAGUUCCAACAGAUGGGGAAGAGGAUGCAGCCGUGGCCAAGAGUUGUUUGGACGUGGCAGAGGGAGAGGAGCGGGGAGGUUUUCAGCCCAAGGCAUGGGGACAUUUAACCCUGCAGACUAUACGGAGUCUUCUGCCACUGAUGGCUUUGGGACAAAAUCAGAUAUUUGGGAGACUGGUCAGAAUGAUGCAGAUGAUGGAACUGGAGCAUGGAAAAAAUCAAGGGAAGAAUGGACAGCAGAAGACUGGAAUGAAGAUCUUUCUGAAACAAAAGUCUUCACUGCUUCCUUUGUUCCAGCUGAGAAUCAUGUGACUCCUGGGAAAAGCAUUGAUUUGGUAACAGUGAUUCAAAAGCCUGUGACCUCUAUCCAAGAGACAGAAGGCAACUCAUUUGAGGCUUCACAACAGCAGACCUUUGGCCAAGCCCUAGUCUUCACAAAUUCACAGCACAGCACCCAGAUGGCAUCAGGAAUUGGCGUCUCCAGUGCUGUAAACUCUUAUUCUCCUCAAAGUCUGUCUGCAGUUGUUUGUUCUGGCUUUGGAGAACUCAGAUCCUCUAAAUUGGCAAACUCUACUGGAUCCCAAAUCUUGGACCAAUUAAAAUCUCCAGCAUUGGGUCAGUUUACCUCUCAACAAAACAAUAAUAACUCUACCACCACCACAACUACCAUAUCCUGGGAUUUAAAACCACCCGUUACUCAGUCCUCAGUCCUUAGUCAAUUUGACUUUAAAUCCCAACCUGAACCAUCCCCAGUUCUGAGCCAGCUGACCAAGCGACAGCAACAACAAACACAGGCUGUUCCUGUUCCUCCUGGGCUGGAGUCCUCCUCCUCCCAGAUAAAACUCCAAGAGCCAUCGCCAGUAGACAAAUCUACAGCUGUUGGCAAAAUGUUACAGCCCCCCACUAUAUCUAUGGAUAAGCAAGCAGUGACUGCCCAUCAAACCCAGCAGAAACAGAUAAAACCACCAAAACGGAGGAUAGCUCCAGCAUCCAAGAUUCCUGCCUCUGCAGUGGAGAUGCCUGGAUCAUCAGAUGUGGCAGGGUUAAAUGUUCAGUUUGGAUCAGAGCCUGCACUCCUAGAGUUUGGAUCAACUUCAAGCAGUGAGAAUGCCAGCCAGGCGACCAACAAUAGUGAUUUUUUGAAUACCUCUUUGCCAAUAUCCAAUACAGUACAGGAGUCCACCUACACAACCUCUGCCAUCACCUCUUCCAGUCUCACCUGCUCAUUCCAGGGCACUAGCUCAGUGACAACUUCCUCCUAUGAUCAGACUUCUGCGCAUAGUAGGAUAGCAUACCAAAGCUCCAUGGCUACAUCUGAAUCAACCCCUGUUGCAGUUAUGAGCAGGCACAGUGAUGUUAGAACACAGGCAACUCUUGACACUACUUCAUCAGUUCCAGAGCCUUUUCCUUCACUGUCUCCUGCUGGUUCUCUGCCUAGCAUAGUAUCCACCACUGCCUUGCUUCUGCCUUCAGCAUCACAGCACAUGGCAAUGUUGUCCAGCUUGCAUCAGUUCAGUGAUUUGGCCAGCAGCUCACUUUCCCAGUUAAGCAGCUCCCUUUCCAGUCAUCAGAGCAGCCUCUCCCCUGCUUCAGUGUUGUCUUCAAGCACAUCACAUGUGCACACUAGUGUUGAGAACACAACUUCGCUUCAGCCCUCAACAACCUUUUCAACUGUUUCAACCUCAGCCACUAGCACCACCUCUUCAGUUGUCAGCAUGGCAAACAGUAUGAACACUACAAACAGCCUUGGCCUGAGUGUUUCCAGUGUGUCUAUACCAGCUGCUUCCACACGGGCAGCUCCCUUAGUGUCUUCAGGCAAACCUUCCCCAAACCUGCCCCAAGGUGUACCACACUUGUUGCAUAACCAGUAUAUUGUGGGACCUGGAGGACUUCUGCCUGCCUACCCACAGAUUUACGGUUAUGAUGAUCUCCAAAUGCUUCAGUCCAGGCUGCCAAUGGAUUACUAUGGAAUUACAUUCCCUGCUCCUGCAACCUUGACAGGCAGAGAUGGAAGCCUUGCUAACAACCCAUACUCAGGUGACGUAACAAAAUUUGGACACGGGGAUUCUGCCUCCCCUGCUCCUACUACUACACUCGUCCAGCCACAGCAGAACCAGACACAGACUCACCACACAACUCAGCAGCCCUUCCUCAACCCAAACCUGCCCCCGGGGUACAGCUACACUGGGUUACCUUAUUAUGCCGGUGUGCCCGGUGUACCCAGUGCAUUCCAGUAUGGGCCAACCAUGUUUGUACCUCCAGCAUCUGCAAAACAGCAUGGAGUCAACCUGAACACCCCAUUGACUCCUUUCCAGCAAGUGAGUGGUUAUGGGCAGCAAGGCUACGGGGCAGGCUAUGAUGAAUUAACACAGGGAACGGCAGCUGGAGAUUACAGCAAAGGAGGCUACAGUGGGUCAUCUCAAGCACAAAACAAAUCUGCUGGCACUGGACCUGGGAAAGGUGUUUCUGUGACCUCAAGUAACACAGGUGUACUUGAUAUCAGUGGCUCAGUUUAUAACAAGACUCAGAUAUUUGACAAGCAGGGAUUCCAUGCUGGCACACCGUCUCCUUUCAGCCUGCCUUCUGCUUUCGGAUCGACUGGGCCCCUGAACCCUGGUGCUGCCCCAGGUUAUGCUCCAGCCCCAUUUCUCCAUAUCCUGCCUGCACAUCAGCAGCCUCAUUCCCAGAUGCUGCAUCACCAUCUUCAACAAGAUGGGCAGGGUGGAUCUGGCCAACGUAACCAACCCAGCACCAUGCAGCAAAAGUCUCAGGCUACCAAAACUACCUAUGGAGCUUCUCCAUACUGGACAACCUAAAUCCAGAACUGGGGAGGAGGGAGAGAAUGGAAGGAGAGAAGGAAAAAAAAAAGAGAAAAUGAAAAAAAGCUGAAGCCCAUUCCUGGAAUUAUUAGGAGAAGUAGUAACUACUCAGCCAAAUGCCUGUGUGGGGAGAGCUGCAGCCAUCCGGCCAUCCAUCCUCUGAGUUGCUGUUGUAUGUAAUAUAUUUAUGUAUGUAUUUCUAAUAGAGCCUGGUUUCUUUUCUUUGUAGGAAAACUAAUUAUUAUUUUUCCUUCUGUAUCAGAGCAUCCUUCAUUGUUUUUGCUUUUAAGCUUUAUAACUGUUGAAGACAAACUGUUGGGUUUUUUGGGUGGUUUUUUCUUUUCUUUUUUUUGAGCUAAAGCCUAUUUAUUUAAUGCAGCUCUAAAUUCAGGCAAAUAAGGAGGCCUACUGCCCCCCUCCCAAAAAAAAAUCAAAACAUCAAGAUGUGUCCUGUUACUUUGAUUUCUGUCCACAGCCUCCAAUCUAGUUAUUACUUUAAAGAGAGGGGAAAAAAGGGGAAAAAAAAGUUUAAAAAAAGUUUUGUGGGCCUUCCCCUUUCUUUUGUCUCCUCCUGCUGUGGAAGAUGAAGUCUUGUGGGCAGUUUGCUCACUGUAACCCUGAGCUGUAGCCUCAUCUUCUUAUUGAAAAAUUGAAAAAUAAAGAAAAGAAAAAAAAAAGGAAAGGCUUUCCCUGUUUGGUUGGGGUUUGUUUGUCGAUUGGGUGGCUUCACUAGCAAGAGAUUUCAGAUUGCUCAGUGGAUCCUGGAACUUCCUUUGCACCUUUAGAGGCAAAAACUAUGUAGCAGUUUCUUAAAUAAAAGCAUAAGUUAUGUCUUAUGCCUUUCUUUGCCCUGAGUCACAUCACCCAGGAAGGCCAGAGCUACUGGAUGGUCACUUCACCUGUCCAUCCCCACUUUUUUUUUUAAACAAGACUCUGGAGGCAACUCCUGGUCUUGCAGUGAAUGGUUUUGGAGUUUCAUUUUGUUUUAGCCCUUCCUCCACCUAAUAAAGAUUGAAGCAUA